AUGAAAAUCAAGGCAAUCUCUCGCUCCGUCGAGGCUUAUGCCCCGGCAGGAUCGAAAGCCACCAAGACCCCGAGGAACCUUGAUCCUGCCAUCCAUCCCUUCGAGCGUGCCCGCGAGUACACCAGGGCCUUGAACGCAACCAAGAUGGAUCGCAUGUUCGCCCAGCCCUUUCUCGCUCAGCUAGGCGAUGGCCACGUCGAUGGCGUAUACUGUCUCGCAAAAGACCCCCGGUCCGAAGAAAGAUUUGCAUCUGGAAGCGGUGACGGAGUCGUCAAGGCCUGGGACUUGGUUUCAAAGGACGAGGUCUGGCAUACUACGGCCCACGAGAACGUAGUCAGAGGAAUGGCAUGGACGAGGGAUCAGAAGCUCUUGACCUGCGCUGCCGACAGGACCAUCAAGUUGUAUGACCCUUACAAUCAGUCGAGUGGCUCAGCACCGUUGAGCACAUUUCUCGGGACUUCAGCCUUUACAUCCUUGAGUAUGCACCGCCAACGAAAUGCAUUUGCAGCAUCUUCUGGGCUGAACAUAAGCAUAUACGACCUAGAGCGCCAAGGUGCCGCCCCGGAUACUCUUGCCUGGCCCAACGCCGUUGACACUAUCAAUCACGUCUCAUUCAAUCAGAUAGAGCACAGUAUCCUAGCGUCUUGUGCCAGCGAUAGAAGUGUAGUCCUCUAUGAUCUACGCACCUCACAGCCCCUAGCUAAAACUCUGCUUAACUUCGCUACCAACAAGAUUAGCUGGAACCCAAUGGAAGCUUUCAACCUAGCAACGGCGUCCGAGGAUCAUAAUGUGUAUAUUUUCGAUAUUCGGAAGUUCGAUAGAGCAUUGAAUGUUCUCAAGGAUCAUGUCGCCGCAGUCAUGGAUGUGGAAUUUUCACCAACCGGUCAAGAACUCGUGACAGCAUCGUACGAUAAAACGAUUCGACUUUGGAAUCGCUCUCAGGGACAUUCAAGAGACAUCUACCACACUAAGAGAAUGCAGAGAGUAUUCUGCGCCAAUUUCACUCCCGACUCGAAAUACGUCCUCUCUGGAUCGGACGAUGGAAAUAUCCGUCUUUGGAGAGCAAAUGCCUCAAAGCGCGAGGGUGUCAUGUCGGGCAGACAACGCCAGGCUAUCGAGUACAAUGAAGCUUUGUCAACCCGCUACUCUCACAUGCCUGAGAUUCGCAGAAUCAAGAGGCACAGGCAUACUCCCAGGGUCGUCAAGAAGGCUGGCGAGAUCAAGAGUGAAGAGCUCAAGGCUAUCAAGCGUCGCGAAGAGAACGAGCGGAAGCACACCAAGAAGCAGUUCGAAGAGAGGAAAAGCGAAAGAGAGAAGGCCAUUUUGGCCAAGGAGAAAUAA